GUGGAGUUGGCUGCAACUGCAAUCAUGGCGACAGACGUCGAAGAUGUGAACAUAGAAAACAUAACCAGACUAUCUGGGGAAGCCGUACAGCAGUAUGAGGCUCUGCGGAGGGACAACGAGAAGACCAGGACGGAGCUUGGGCUGAUGAAAAAGGAGAGGGAUGAUGCUUUGAAAAAGCUUGAGGAUUUUGAAAAAGUGUCCCACAGGGUGAUUCAGGAGGUGAGCAGCAUUCAGGAGAGUCUUGAGAUAGAGAAGACAUGUCGGCAGAGUGUGGAAGCCCUGGCCACCAAGCUGAACCGCCAGAACCGUUCCCUGAAGAGGAAGAGUAUGAUGUUCCUGGCCCAGCUCGGUCCGAUGGCCAUAACGGAGAUCAACAUGGAGGAAGAGGAUGAGGAGGAGGAGGAGGAUGGAGAGGCAGAAGACAAGGGCUGUAGCUCCGUACAGUGCCAGAAAGUCAUCUCAGAGCUUCGUGAGAAGCUUGAGCAAGCGUUUGAGGAAAAGCGAGCCUUGGCUAUGGAUCUGGAGGCCCUGAGAGAGCAGCUAGCCACCACCCAAGCAGAGCUUGUGACAGAAAAGCAGAUAAAUUCACUUCUGACCGCAGAAGCAGACCAACAAAAGCAGCUUCUGAUGAAGUAUAAUCGAGUGUCUGUGUUUGCAGUGGAGGAGUACGGGGCCCUUGAGGAGAGCUUGGAGCUUGAGAGAGGCCUUCGCUCUGAGGCAGAGAAGUUUGCAAGAGAGAUGCUGGUGGAACAGAAGAAGAUGAAGCGUCAGAGUCAGAUCGUGCUCCAGAGUGCCUCGACCAAUGAGGCUUUACAGAAGGCCUUGGAGGAGGUGGCUGAGCUAAGCCACGCCCUCGAGAGCCAGGCCCUUCAGCAUCAGCAGCAGCUGAGGAGCAUGGAGGAGCAGCUGUCCUCCUCUGACCUCCUGAAGGAGGUGGCGGCCCUGCGGAGGAAGGCCGAGCUCCUGGAGGAGGAGAAGAAGGAGUGCUGGGAGAUGCGCACCAAGGCCGAGAGCCAGGCCAAGGACCUCAAGUUCACAGUGGAGGAACUCCAACAGAAGCUUCAGCAGGCUUCCAACCCACUGCCAUCCUCCGCACCCCCUCCCCCUCCUCCUCCUCCACCUCCACCUCCACCACCCUCUAUGAUACCCGCCAACCCCCUCAGUGCUCUGCUUGGCAUGCUGCGCAAGAAGAAGGAGGCUACAGCAGUAGACAUCCCUCUGGUGGAGCACGACUUCCCUGCCAACCCACCCGAAAAAGACAUCAGGCAGCAGGCAGUCGAUGAGAUGAUGCAGAGGAUUAAAAAGGGGGUGCACCUCAGACCUGUCAGACAGGAGCCCAGUAGAGCCAGACCAACACAGAGGGAGCGUAUUCCAUCCAACUCGGCCAUCCAGGAACUCAGAGGCAUUCUGGAUACCUUCAAGCAAUCCCCACACUCCACUGCGAGUGGCGCAACACAGGCUGCAGAUGCACCCUCGGAACUGGAGGUGGCGCUAUUGCGGAGACGAGGCGCUCUCAAGAGCACACAGUCACAGGAUGGCCAAAGCUCACCCACUCGGAAGCACUUCCCCAGCAGCGUCCUGGACUUGACUCGCACCCGAAAGCCGGCCACCGCUAACGCCAACGCCAACGCCAACGCCCCGAGACAGAACUCCACAACCGAGCCCCCUCCUCCCUCCACCACCACCACCGCCUCCCAGGCCGAACAAGCUCAGGAACAGGAGCACCAGAGUCACACCACGCACGACUCACAAGACACGCAGGAGCCCAGGUCCAAUGGAAACCUGCAGCAAGCUGUCCACAUCUCUCCAUCCAUGUGACGCUGGGGUUGAAAAGAAAAAGAGGAUGACCAUAAAGCCAAAGAAUGGGAGAGAGAGACUGACAGCAACAUCGACAGAGAAAAAGACUGAGGGAGAGAGAGAGAGAGAGGAAGAGCAUCAACGAAAGAGAGGAAGAAAAGAACAGCAAGAGGUUGCUUACUGAGCCACACACACACACCACACCAGCGGAGACCAACAACGCUGACAGGAC